CGAUAACACCAGAACGAUUUGCCAUUUAACUUCCAGUCAAGAAUGGAGAGUAACAUGGCAAGAGAUUAUUGACAUUGGGAAAAGUAUUGUCACUACUGAAGUACCAUUGAACGGUGCAGUAUGGUAUCCUGGUGGCAGUAUGAAGAGUAGUAAGCUGGUACAUAAUAUAUGUGUGUUUUUUCUACACACUAUUCCAGCUUACUUCUUAGAUGCUGUUAUUUAUAUGUCUGGCAAUAAACCAUGUCUGGUACGCAUUCAAGACAGAAUUAACAAAGGAUUUGAGGUGUUUGAAUACUACGCAAACAACCAAUGGGAAUUCAGGAACGAACAUGUCCAUUAUAUGAGAAGAAUUAUGAAUCAACGAGAGAAGUUUGAGUACAAGAUUGAUGGAAACGAUAUGGAUAUUAGAAAUUACUUCAGAGAUUGUAUUAUGGCUGCUCGAAUUUAUAUUUUAAAAGAAACUCCAGACACACUACCUAGAGCUAGAAUUCAUAUGAAAAUAAUGUACUUUGUUGACAUAAUCGCCAAAAUAUUGUUUUUCGGUUUACUGUUAUGGACUUUAUUCAAAUGGUCUGAUACAAUUAUUGCAAUUGGACUGUUAUUAUUUAACUUUGUACGAUUAUUCUUCAAGUCAAUUUUUUCAGUAAUCAAUAGUGACACUACUGUUGGACCGAUAUUGAACAAAGAACUUUAAUCUUUCAUCUUGUGGCAUUUUUGUUAUGUUUUAACGAUAAUAAAUGAUCUUGAUUUAUAGUGUUCCGUAUACAACAUAUAAAAUCGAAUUAAAAACAAUGCAUGCAUACAUUUACCGUUUAUAAAACUGAUAAAUCAAUCACACUUUGGUUAUUUUUAAUUAUAUUUUGUAGCUUUUUACAUAACAAUUCAACAAUGGUUUAAACCAUGGACCAUUAUAUUGUUAGUUAUUUUUUAAGUAAAAUUACAAAGUAUUUUAUUAUAUUUUUAUAUUAUUUAAAAUAAAUUUUUUUUAUUAUUACUGUAUAAAUGGUUCCAACAGUAUCAUUAGGAAUAUUACAAAUUAUUCUUUAUUAUCUAUUUGUUUAAUAGAAGUACCUUCACAGGCUAUAACUAAAAUUUAGUAAUAUAACUUGUUAAUAAU